GAAGUUCAAGCGCUAACCAGUGAGGGUUUGACUUCUUUAGCCUUAUCAGUCAACAGAGGAUUGUUUCUGAAGGCGUUCCUACUGCAACAGCUCUUGUCAGGCUGAGUGCUGCCCCUCCCUCGCUGUUACAUGGCGCUGCUCAAGGAACAGGGUGACAUGAGCUCCCAGGUGCAGAGAGGCUGUAUUUAGGUUCUAACAAAAUGGAAGCCUAACCAAAAGAAGAUGAGAAGCUCUUCUCUUGAAAUGGAGAAACAAAAGCAUGCAGCUAUCGGUUUCCUUAUUUGUCUCAGAAGCUGACAUUUUUGGUUUUCAAAGCAGUGCUCAGUUGGGUUUGGGUGGUUUUAGCUCACGCCAGCCAACUUUGAAGCUGAGCCACGCUUUGUCUUACGGAGUUUGGGGUGCCUGCAGCCCACCCUUAUUACCACUUUUUAUUCCCCCCUGCCAAACUGAAUCCUAAAACUUCUUCCAAAACUCUAUUUCCCAGCACGACCCCCAGCACUGAAUGUUCCUCCUGCAAUUUUUCCCUGCGUGCUGCUGUAUGCACUCGAAACCAAACCCUUUCUCCUUAAGAGCUUACUCCUAGAUGUUUGGUUUUACAAUAAAUCCAUCAUCCAGGUGGGGCAGAGUCCUUCCUUGUUUAUUUUCCAACAACAGUGCCAAAGAUCUGUGGCACAAGAGCUGCUCUGUUUGAACAGCAGCCAGCAUGCCCUUUGCUCAGAAAACAUUGCAGGGGGAACUGAGAUAAGGGAUGGCUGCAAACCAAGAAUGUCAGCAAGACCAGCUGCUGGCUUAUUUCCUCCUCUGUUUUUUUUUAAAUUCAGCUUCCUGCUUGCUUGCUGGGCUGAAGUCACUUGGGGAGGGCGUUAUGUCACAGAGAGCUCAACUCCCUUUGAGCUUUGAGUGCUGAUAGGCAGUAUUUUUGUUUUAAUUUCUUUUAGUAUUUAAAGUCAGUUUAAACUUCUGCCUUUCUCUUUUCUCUUUCUCCUUUUCUUUCUCUUUUUUUCCUUCUCUUUCUUCAUCUUUUUCUUUUCUUUCUCUUUCUCCCUUUCUUUCUCCCUUUCUUUCUGCCUUUCUUUCUGCCUUUCUUCCUCCCUUUCUUUCUCCCUUUCUCCCAUCGUUUCACCCUUUCUACAUUCCCCUGCAGCAGACCACGAGCCCUCUCCCCACCCACGUUUUCGCCAUGUCCGCUCCAGAUCCCCACAACUCUUCACACCCGGGGCUUUCCCGGCCCCCCAACACUCAACUCUCUCCUUGCUAUUGCAGUGUGCUGAGGCAGUUGCUGCCAGAGCACUGGUUACGUGGAUGUGAUUAGUGAGACACGACAUUUCCUUGCCAGCCAUGGGGAAAGGAGCCCAAGAAAAAACACACCCCGACCAAGAAGAAGUGCUGAGCCCUCCAAGAGAUGAGGAAAAACAAUACAAAUGGGUUGUGCAGCUGCAGUCUCACUCACCACAUCCCCAGUUCUCCCACGUGUGCCCAGCCACGUGGAUCGGCUUCCAAAGCAAGUGCUACUAUUUCUCAGAGAAUGAAACCAACUGGAAGACCAGCUUGGAAAACUGCAAGGCCUUGGAAGCCUCCCUGACCUCCAUAGACAGCCAGGAGGAACUGGAUUUCAUCAUGCGCUACAAGGGCGAAGCAAACUACUGGUUCGGGCUGCACGAGGAUGGCGACGGCCAGUGGAGGUGGACCAACGGCACAGCCUUCAACACCUGGUUUGUGGUGCGAGGAGGUGGCCCUUGUGCGUACCUAAACCAGGAGAAGAUCAGCUCAGGCCUCUGCCACACGGAGAAAUACUGGAUCUGCAGCAGACCCAACAACUACGUCCUCUGGAGGCAAAAGAUUUACCCCGAAUAAAAGAUUCCACAAACAUAAAGCUUGUGCCAGUGCCGCAAGAUAAAAUAGCACAAAAAUUGGUAAAAACUUACUUAAAUCUGCUUCUUUGCAGCAACAGUAUUGCUGAGUUUCCUUUCUGCUCAGAUUCUUGCAGGCUCAGUCAAUCUUAUGUAGUGUCCAGCGACGAGAGAGAUCUGGGUGUUUUAGUUGACAGCAAGCUGAACAUGAGCCAGCAGGGUGCCCUGGCAGCCAGGAGGUCCAGCCAUAUCCUGGAGUGCAUCAAGCACCGCAUCGCUAGUCAGUCGAGGGAAGUGAUUGUCCCGCUCUACUCUGCGCUGGUGCGGCCUCACCUCGAGCACUGUGUGCAGCUCUGGGCACCGCAGUACAAAAAGGACGUAAAACUGUUGGAGAGUGUCCAGAGAAGGGCUACAAAGAUGGUGAAGGGCCUAGAAGGGGAAGACGGAUGAGGAGCGGCUGAGGUCACUGGGCCUGUUCAGCCUGGAAAAGAGGAGGCUGAGGGGAGACCUCCUCACGGUCUACAGCUUUCUCAGGAGGCGGAGUGGAGGGGCAGGCGCCGAUCUAUUCUCUGUAGUGACCAGCGAUAGGACCCGCGGGAACGGUGUCAAGCUGAAGCAGGGGAGGCUUAGGCUGGACAUCAGGAAGAGGUUCUUCACCGAGAGGGUGGUCGCACACUGGAACAGGCUCCCCAGGGAAGCAGUCACUGCACCAAGCCUGUUGGGGUUUAAGAAGCGUUUGGACUGUGCUCUUAGUCAUAUGGUCUGAAUUUUUGGGUAGACCUGUGUGGGGCCUGCAGAGUAAGGAAUAUUCUCUGAUUCUAUUCUAUGAUUCUACUCAAGUCAGCAACACUCCUGUUUCUUUCUCUGAUUGUUCAGCAGAAAAUCGUUUUAUAUUUUUCUACACUUGCAAAAGCCAUGUUUUUAACGAUAAACCUGAAACCUGCGAAUCU